AAUCGCUUCAGCGGUUACAAAGCGUCAAUUAUAUACAUAUAUUUACAUAUAAUAUAUAUAUACAACCGUAUAUGAAUUUGCCUUGGUAGCUGCGAAGAAGCAAUAGCGCAAAACGACGUGAUCGUCAUUGCAAGAGCAAAUAUACAUUUUUUGUAAUGAAGACAAUUGAGGGUUUGCAGCGAACAAAUUGGCCAGAAAUAAGAUAUACAUACGAGUACAUACAAAUGUAUUAUAAAAGCGAAGAGCAACGAUAUCAGUUUGCUAGUUGCAAUCGUUAAAUAUUUUUGCCACGAUUGAAUAAAAUAGUUGGAAUUAUUUAAAGGACUUUAAUCUUCAAUAAGCCACAAGAAAUCAAAAUGAAUUGUUUUAAAUGCAGGAAGUUAAUUAAAUUUUUUUGUUAUUUAUUAAUAAGUCUAACGCAAGCAGUACCAAACCCUAAACAAAUCAAUCAAGAUUAUAUUACACCCAGGGAAUUAGAUGAUUUGAGCAGUGGCACCGAAACUGAAAAGGAUGACUCACAAGGAUCUUUCUCUGUUGGUUAUGGAUACUACUCACACCCUUACUUGGGUGGCGGCUACUAUGGAGGAUAUUACCCUUUCUAUAACGGUAUUUAUGGGCAAGGCUAUCCAUACUAUGGUGGUUACUAUGGAGGAUAUCACGGUUUCCAUGGACAUUAUUGGUAGAAUGAAAUACGUACAUAUUCGUUCAUAUGUGUAUACACACAUAUGUAUGUAUAUUAAGGUGCAGAUAUAAAAAAUGCAUAAUUUGUUCAGGUACUU